CAGGUCACUGAGAAGCAAACCAGCAGAUGCAGUAGACGGCUGGCACCAUGGCCUCAGAUGCAAGUCACAUGUUAGAAGCAGCCUUGGAACAAAUGGAUGAUAUUAUUGCUGGUUCCAAGGCUACGGUGGGGUUCAGUAAUGGGCUGUAUGAUCUGAGCUCUCCUGUGAGCGCCGGGCCCCUGCCAGUUCUCCAGCUGGCUGAGGAGCUGAGACUGGCACUGGAGCUCCAGGUCAGGGACAAGGACUGCAACUCACUGCGCUCCCAAAUGCCCUGCACCACCGCACAGACCCUCAUGGAGUGGCUGGAGAAAGGAUCGGUUAACCUCCAGUGCUCAAGCAACAAUGAGACCUAUCAAGAGCGGCUGGCGAGAUUAGAAGGGAACAAAGAGUCUCUGGUUCUCCAGGUGAGUGUUCUCACUGACCAGGUUGAAGCUCAAGGGGAAAAGAUUAGAGAUCUGGAAAGUUCCCUGGAAGAACACCACCACAAACUCAUUUCUACUGAGCAAAUGCUUCAACAGGAGCUCCUUAGCCGAACCUCACUGGAGACACAGAAACUGGAACUCAUGGAUGAAGUUUCCUAUCUGAAACUAAAGCUAGUCGGCAUGGAGGAGGAACACAACCACAAUGAUGAACAGGAGAAACAUAAUAAAGCUGAGAGUGUGGUUAAUCUAAUUAGUGAACUACAGGAGCAGAUGUGUAAAUUCCAGGAGGAAAUCAGCAAUCGCAUCCAGGAGCAGCGAGCUCUGGAGAGCCUGGGCGACAGUGGCACACGCGAGGCUCUCGACCAGAGCCCCGAUGUGGGCCUUGGUGCCUCUGAUGCUGAGGAAUGCAGCUGCCACUGUAGAAGUGGAGGAGAGAAUGCUUUGUUACAAGAGCUUCACCUUCUUAAGAGCAAAGUUGAAGAACUGGAGGGUGAGAAAUCACAAUAUGAAAGGAAGCUCAAAGCCACUAAGACUGAGAUUGGCAAACUCCAGCAGCUGCUUGCUACGAAGAAUGCUGAAAUUGAGUGUUUACAGAAUCAGCUUCUGUCCCAAGGAACCAUCAACAAUGACAUCACAGAGAGAGAUCAAGAGCUGCAGAGGUUAAAAACUGGACUGGAGAUGCUAAUAGCUGCCAAUAAUGAAAAGGAUCGACACAUAGAGGAACUCAAUCUUCUGUUGGUCCAGUACAGAAAAUUAAAGGACAGCUUAGCCCUUUCUCAAGUGACCAACAAUAUGUUGCUGUCUGGCAGCAGUGAGGAGGAUCUUAAUGGCACUCGAAAAAUAAGAGCCCUGACGCAUAAAGCAUACUCUGACAAUGUCAGAUCAGAGCUACAGAUGUCUUCCCGAGGCCCGUCGCCACUCCUGGUCUCUCCAUGUUUCCAGAGGGAGCUGGACUCCAGCUUUCGCAGUAUACUGCCCUCUAUGGAGACCUCGAUGGUAUCCAUUGGCCACUUGGGCUUUUACAGCAGACAAUGGUCAAUACCACGGAUGCUGUCCACCAGCUUAGAAGAACUCCAAAGUGGAAGCUUACAGAUGCAUGUAGUGGGCCAACCAGUAGAGGCUGUUUUAGAGAACCGAUAUAAAUCUGAAAAUAACAAAUAUCAGACGCUUCCGGGCAAGUUUAGUCGUCCAGAGCAGAAUGGAGUGAGACUGCAGCCGUCUUCCGCACUGCAACUGUCUCCUGAUGAAAGUGAAGGCAGCGAAUUCAACCUGAGAAAGGCAGAGAAGACGGAUGAUUCGACCUUGUCUGACCUUUCACCCAUGUCGUCUGGACUAGAAUCAGGUCAGCAGUCUCCUGUUUCACCACAGCACAAGAACCAGAAAGGCAUUCGUAAAAAACUGUGGGGAAAGAUCAGGAGAACACAGUCAGGCAGUCUUCCUGCAGACAGAUCUGAUUCUGACUUCAGGCGAGGGGGUUUCAGGGCCACGGCCGGCCCUCGACUCGACUGCCUGAGCACCAAUGCCUCAGCACGUGACAGGAAUAUCCCCUUCUCAAAAUGGUCAUGUGAUCAGGUGUGUGCAUGGAUGGAGGAGUUUGGUCUGGUUCAGUACGUGAAUAUGGCCAGACAGUGGGUCACCAGCGGUCAGACAUUACUCUCCUCGCAGGACAUUGAGAAGGAGCUGGGCAUUAAACAUCCUCUUCACAGGAAGAAGCUCCAGCUGGCUCUGCGCUCCUUCAGCACCAAAAUCACAGAGAAAUCCUCUGAACUGGACCACAUCUGGGUCACGCGGUGGCUGGAUGACAUUGGUUUACCACAGUACAAAGACCAGUUUAGCGAAGGACGUGUGGACGGUAGAAUGCUGCAGUACUUGACAGUGAAUGAUCUGCUGUUUCUGAAAGUCACCAGUCAGCUGCAUCAUCUUAGCAUCAAGUGUGCUAUCCACGUCCUACAUGUUAACAAGUUCAACCCCAGCUGCCUCAAAAGAAGACCUGGAGAUGAGAAUAAGACAUCGCCUUCUGAGGUUGUUCAGUGGUCCAAUCACCGUGUGAUGGAGUGGCUCAGAUCAGCUGACCUGGCAGAAUACGCUCCCAACCUGAGAGGCAGCGGAGUGCAUGGAGGACUCAUAAUCUUGGAACCUCGUUUUAACUCGGACACACUUGCGAUGCUCCUGAACAUCCCCCCUCAGAAGACUCUGCUGAGGAGGCAUCUGGCCACUAAUUUCAACAUGCUGGUGGGCUCUCAGGCUCAGCAGGAGAAACAAGAGUACCUGGAAUCAUCAGGAUACACACAGCUAACAACCACUGCUAAAGUCCGGCCACGUAAAAUAGGUUUCUCCAGUUUUGGCCACCGUAAGAAGCGUGCUGAGGACUCCACUGACUACAUCUGCCCUCUGGACGCUUCAAAAGCCCAGGCCCUGCUCAAUGGGGCCAACCAACCCUACAGCGGCAUCAGGGGCCUGAGCCCCAUCUUUGACAGGGACCCACAGAGAUGGGAGCAGAUGUUGCACACUAAAGAAUCAGGGAUGCAGAUCGAGGCCUUUUCAAGGGAAAUUAACAACCUCACAUACUUACUCAGCCAAGACGAGUUGCUGAGAGGAAUGAGACGCAGCCAGACUGCCAUAGUGUGAUCGGUCUGGGUCACAUUAACUCCACCGUCCUGCUGAGAGUGUACCUCAACCUAACCCACCUCACCCUCAAAGCUUCAGGACCUGAACUGUGUAACACAAUCCUACAUAAUUCAGCUCAAGAACACAGCUCUGCUAUUUUUGUUAUUGUGUUACUAAUUAUUUUGGAGGCGUUAUG